AUGAAUCGAGCGCUGCUGCUUACCACGAUCCCUCGUUCGUCGUCGUGUUGUUCUCCGUCGUCGUCUGAAUCGUCGUCUUCUCAUCGUCGUCGUUUUUCUUCCGCAAAAGGCGUCAGACGAGGACACCAUCAACUACACGCUUCCAACUCCGAUGACGACGACAAACAGGAAAACGACGCCGGACCGGACGCGUUCUCUGGAUCUAUUUUACAAGACGUCCGCAAAGGCCAGGAAGGGUUUACCACGGAAAUGAGAAUUAACAAAGGGAAGAAGAAGACAGAUGAUGAUUCGAGCAGCGAUGCGUUUCCGAAACUCGGAGAUAUCGUGGAAAUCACGUUCAGUUUACGAACGAGCGAAGGGCAAAUUUUACAAGACGAAGACGAGGCGGAUCCAGUCACGUUUGAAGUAGGCGCCGCGGACGUGGUCGGGAAUCCCUUGUUUAAAGCGUUCGAUAAAGCGGUGAGGAAUAUGACGGUAAACGAGACGAGAGAGAUUGAAGCGUCCGGCGGAGAGUACGAUCCAAACUUGCUGUUUCGCGUGCCGCAGGAACAUCCGGAAAUCGAACGGUUGAGAGAAGUGUGGGCGGAGAAAGGCGGGUUGCAAGAAGGUGGGACCGUGACGUUGAUGAAUGGGAAUCCGGCGGUGAUUAGGUCGAUGACGGAUGAGGUGGUGAUGUUGGACGCGAACCAUCCUUUUGCCGGGAGCGAUAUUUUGUUUGAUUUGACGCUGAGAGAUAUUCGCGCGAACGAAUAA